AUGGCUCGCAAACAUAAGGGCACCUUAGCUGUUAUUGAGCAAAUUUAUAGUGAUAUUCCUGCCUUUACUGACAUCUUUACGGAGGAAUCAUUUUAUACAUUUGCAUUUUGUUUUGCUGGUGCCACUAUUUUGGUGGCAUUUGUUUUAUCUAGAUUUAUAACUAUUAAACCGGUAGAAAUUUAAUUUCUUUCCGUUUCUAAUUAACUUAAAAAAUAAUAAAAAAUAAAUAAAUGAAAACAACAACAAACUGCAUCAAUUUGUUAAUCAUAAUAAAAUUAUAUUUGUAAUGUAAAGAAACCAA